AUGAUCCGGCAGCAGACGGCACCAGGCAGCCCCAUCUUGGCCGUGUUAGUUACUGUUAGUUGGGCCCUGGUUUCUUUUUUGGGAUGGAUGGGCCGGGAAGCGGGGGGGGGGGGGGUGGGCGCUGACAGCAGGACCAUGUCGCUCUUUGCCCAGAUCAUGACUCGUGUGAGCCUAGAAGGUUCCACAUUGGUGAUGAAGGCUGUGAGCCAGAACGAUGCAGUGUCUCUCAGGAGCGCGCUUGCGACCGCGCCUCGCAAGAGGAGAAUGCAGGACGUCUUGUCUGUCACAGUGGGAUCUCAGUCGAUCUCCCCGCUCGAUUGGUCCAUAGAUACUGGUCACCUGGAUUGCGCGACUACAAUCAUCCAAGAUCUGCUGACCAUCCGUGGUGACAGGCAGGUGUACUACUAUGGUUGUGACGCGCUCUUCGAGCGUCACCCGGACUUCAUCUCCAAAUUGAGCGUCAACGCCCCGGCUCUCUUAUUUACACUGUUGGAUGGUCUCAUCUGGCGGUCACGAAUCGUGGAAAGGGAUCUGCGCAGAGCGAUUUACUACAUCAAGAACCUGAUACAGGACUGCUUGAUGUGA